GGUGGGGGAGGAGGCGCAGGCAGCCGCGAGCCCCCGGGAUCCCCGGGCCAUGGCCGCAGCCGCGCCCCGCGCCCACCGCCCCGUGCACCGCCCGCUCCGGGCCCAGCCAGAACUUGGAAAACCUCGGAGAAGUUCCUACACUCUUCCAGGCCCCGAUUUUACGUAUGGGUUAUGCAUUCGUGGGACCGAUGGAGGUGUGCCUGAAGCAAUAGGCCACUGGCACGCAAUGAAGCCCAGGCCUCCUUCCCUAAGGGAGAGGCCACGUAAUUACAUAGCCAUGAAUCGUGGAGCUCUUAAGGCUGGUUACGUCACAGCUCGGGAAUUCAACCUGUACCGCCAUGUCAAGGACAUUCGCUGCAAAGAGGAAGAUGGAAGUCGCUUUAAGAAAGCCCCACCAAGCCUGCCUCCAGACAUGACUUUUGGAAUCACAGCACGGCCUUCUACACCCAUCUUUGACCUUCUCCAGCACAGGUACCAAGAAGUCUGGGUGGAACAACAGAGAGCAGCAGCUGCGGCCCGGCAAGCAGAGAAAAAAGAGUUGCAAAAGAAGAAAGUGUGUGAGACGCGUACCACCCUUCUCAGGAAGCACCCACCACCUGUGAAAGUGGACUCCCUGUGGCACCUGCCCCAGUUUCAGAAGGUUGCUCCACAUCUCAGUACCUUUCCAAGCCGUGAUGCUCAUAAAAAAGCAUUCAGUGUCUACCAUUCAGAACAACCUACGAGAUGCGGUCCACUUGGCCAGGGUAUUUAUAUCAAGGCCUAAAUG